UUUGAACCUAGAGAACCCCCAAGAAAAAAAUACGUUUGUUGCUGUCUCCGUGUGUGUGUGUCUCUCUGAAUCGAAGCCAUGGAAGCGAUACUGGUAGACUGUGUAAACAACAGUCUCCGCCAUUUCAUGUACCGGAACGCCAUUUUCAUGUGCGAGCGUCUCUGUGCCGAGUUCCCCUCUGAGACAAAUUUACAAUUGUUGGCUGGAUGCUAUUUGCAAAAUAAUCAAGCUUGCUCUGCAUAUCAUAUUCUAAAAGGCACACAAAAGGCUCAAUCCCGCUACUUGUUUGCGAUAUCAUGCUUUCAGAUGAAUCUCCUAAAUGAAGCUGAAACAGCAUUAUGUCCUGCUAAUGAGCCUAAUGCUGAGGUUCCAAAUAAUGCAGCUGGGCAUUACCUUCUUGGGCUUAUUCACAGUUAUACUGAUAGACGGAAAAGUGCCAUUCAUAACUUCAAGCAGGCUUUGGCUAUAGAUCCUUUACUGUGGGCUGCAUACGAGGAGCUGUGUGUAUUAGGUGCUGCUGAAGAGGCAACUGCAUUUUUUGGUGAUUCGGCUGCUCUUUGCAUUCAAAAGCAGAACAUAAACCAUGCAUCAGCUUCCCAAAACAUGCAUAUCUCCAAUGAGGACUGCAGUUUACUCUCCACUAGAAACUUUGGCUCAGAAGAUCUUAGUCCAAGGCAGUUGAAGCGCACUCAAGGCGAUAACCUUAAAGGUAUUCCUGGAGCUGCAACAUUAGGAGCUGUCUAUCAACCUACUAAUGGUGGUCUUCCAAACUUACCAUUAUAUAAUACUCCUUCAACAAUGGCCACACAGUUUUCAGGUGUUGUGCCACCACCUUUAUGUAGGAAUGCACAGCUAAAUGCUCCAAAUACUAGCAUGCUCAUUACUGAUAACUCUCCGAAGUCAAUUGUGAACUCUAAUAUUCAAGCCCCUCGAAGGAAAUUUGUUGAUGAGGGGAAAUUACGGAAGAUUUCUGGGAGGUUGUUUUCUGAUUCUGGCGCUAGACGAAGUACAAGAAUUGCGGCUGAAGCAGGGGCGAACUCAAAUGCAAAUGCCACAUUAGUGGCAGCGAAUGGAAUUAGCAACUCUUCUAAAUAUCUUGGUGGUUCUAAAUUAAGCUCUAUGGCACUGAGAUCUGUGACAAUUCGUAAAGGACAGUCGUGGAGCAAUGAAAAUUGGGAUGAAGGGAUACACAAUGAGACGUUUGAUGAUUCACAUGCUAAUGUUACAAUAACAAAUUAUACUUCAUCACCCUUUGGUGAUGCUAGAUCUCUUGAAACUGAAGGAGCAUCUAUGCCAGUUAGUGGAGCUAUCAUGAGUGCCUCAAGGGUUUUAAGCGGUGCUUCAGAAAUAUUAGGCCUCUUGAGAAUACUUGGGGAUGGCUACAGACUUUCCUGCUUGUACAGGUGCCAGGAUGCACUGGAUAUCUAUAUGAAACUACCGCACAAGCAUUAUAAUACAGGCUGGGUUCUUUCCCAGGUUGGAAAAGCAUAUUUCGAGUUAGUAGAUUAUCUAGAAUCUGCUAGUUUUUUCAGUCUUGCCCGUCAAGCAUCGCCUUACAGUUUAGAAGGAUCUGAUAUAUAUUCUACCGUUCUAUAUCAUUUAAAGGAGGACAUGAAGUUAAGUUACUUGGCUCAAGAACUGAUAUCAACUGACCGCUUAGCUCCUCAAUCUUGGUGUGCCAUGGGAAAUUGCUAUAGUCUGCAAAAAGACCACGAAACUGCUCUAAAAAGUUUUCAGCGGGCUGUGCAGCUUAAUUCAAGAUUUGCAUAUGCACACACUCUUUGUGGUCAUGAAUAUGUAGCUUUGGAGGAUUUUGAGAAUGGAAUUAAGAGUUACCUGAGUGCUUUACGGAUUGAUGCUAGACAUUAUAACUCCUGGUAUGGGCUGGGGAUGCUUUAUCUUCGGCAAGAGAAGUUUGAGUUUUCUGAGCUUCACUUCCGGAUGGCUUUCCAAAUAAGUCCACAUUCUUCUGUUAUAAUGUCUUAUCUUGGGACAGCUUUGCACGCUUUAAAGGUCCUGCCACUUGCUCUGGAGAUGAUGGAGAGGGCAAUUUUAGCUGAUAAGAAGAAUCCUCUUCCCUUGUAUCAAAAGGCUAAUAUACUUGUGAGCUUGGAAAGUUUUGAUGAAGCUCUUGAAGUUCUAGAAGAGCUCAAAGAGUAUGCCCCUCGUGAAAGCAGUGUAUAUGCUUUGAUGGGUAAGAUCUAUAAGAGGCGUAAUAUGCAUGACAAGGCAAUGCUUCAUUUUGGUCUUGCUUUGGAUUUGAAACCUUCUGCAACUGAUGUUGCUACAAUUAAGCAGACUGCUAUUGAAAAGCUUCAUGUACCAGAUGAAAUCGAAGAUACCUUGUAGAUUUUUUAGUUUUGUAAACACAGAAGAGAGCAUGAAGCAUUUUCAAGCACAUACUUUUGGCCCCAAGGACAUCCCAUGCUUGUGCUUUCGACCAAUGGUGAAUAAAUUGCUUCAUCCUUGAUGCUUUUUUUUUUUUUUUGGUGGGAUGCCCCUUCCAAUGGGCAGGCCUUGUACAGGUGACCUCCGUUCAUGGAUGAUUAAUGUGCUGACCGAAAACCUGAGCUGACAAAGGCCCUGGAAACUGCCACAAUUUUACCAUAGAUGUGUCAUUAUAUCAGGAGUAAAUGAUUGUAUAAUUCAUUUGUAGCUGUUUAUAGUCGUAUGUUAUUGUUCAUCUAUGAUCUUUUUGCUUGAAAUUAAUGGUUACCUCACAGGUUCUGGCUCACGGCCAGAUUUUUUUAACCUCCCAUAGAAUCCUUGAGAAACUGAAAUUGUAACAAGGUUGAAAUCAUUGAAUUUCUGUUGAUGCUUUGGAUAGGAAGGUUCUGAAUUUAUGAUCUCUUAAUCGGAAA